AUGUCUACCAUGGAGACCCUUAAAGCCCUCACGGCAGACCAGAUCCAGAAGGGAAUUGACAACUCCUCAAUUUUAACCCAGCCUCUACCAUCCAUUGACCUGAUAGUCGAUGAGUCGAAACUCGACUACCGCCCAAAUUUUGUCGCCGAUGUGCCAACCGACGAGGCCCCCGAAGCCAUUCCAGAUUCCUCCUCUGAGAGUGACGAUGAUCAACCACCCACUCCCAACGAGGCCACCAGUCAACUCGCUGACUUUAAGGUUACAGACCUAGAUCAGACAGUUAUUGGAGGCGCAGUCGUGGAAAAUGUCUGCUUGGUCGUGCCUGAUGAACAUGCGGCAUCAUUUGCUGGCCUACCUGUUAUCCCGAUCAAGGGGAGUGCCGGUGUUCAAGCCCAGAUGCUAGCUUCGGUGCCAAAGGAUAAGGCGGAAGGACGUUCAAAUCAGCUUCCGGUUUUGCUUUUGCCGGAUGAGAAGCCAACGACGACGGCGGUUGCCGCUGCUGUAGAGAAACAGCCGCAGGCCGACGCUGUUGCCCUGGCUGAUAUAAUCAAGAAUACCCCGAAGAUCGAAGAGGAUGCUGACAGUGUUGGCGGUGACAAGGAAAUUGCCAAGACUGAGCUUGAUGGUUAUGUGUUGUCGGGGGAUAUCAAGAAUUUUUUUGGUAUCAAAGGUUUGAAAGCUAAACUGUACAAGUUCAAAGGCCCGGGGAAGAAAAUAAACAAGGAAAGUGAGUCCGGAGUUGAAGAACAGGAUGGCGACGCCGAAGCCAACGGGAAUGACGACGCCAACGCAAAUGACGACGACAAGGUCAAGGGCGACGGCGAUGCGGAUGACAACGUAGACAGCGAAGAUGAUUCCGAACCAGCCCGCGAAAAAGUCAUCCUCAACCCGGACAGCUACGCCCUAAAAGGAAAGCCCCUGGGAACACUGUUCCCUUUCAUCAACGACAUCGACCUCCAAAAAAUGCCCAUCACGAACCUGGCGUUUACCUAUUGCGAGGAGAAGCAAAGUGCCUUCUUCCCUCCCGGACUGCGCCUUGAAGCCGACGUUGAGCUCAAGAACAGCAUGCAGUGGGCGAGUGAUGCGCUGAAGUCCAUGUUCGCUGGCCAGGAUACCCCGAAGUCUAUCCAUCUCAGUGCGCAUCUCGCAGAUAAGAGAGAUUGGACUAAGCGGCCUACUAUUGAGAAGUUUGUUCUUCAGGGUUACUUUCACGAUAUGGGGUUGAAGACUUGGGAUCUUCUCCAGUUCAAGACUAUGGGGAUUGAGAUUACUGGCACAAAGGCUGGUAGAAGCAAGAACGGUAAUAAGGAGGAAGGUAACGAUGAUGGAAAGGGUGAAGAAGACGAAGGUAAGUUGGAAGGUAAGGAUAACACCUCUGCUGAAGACGCUCCCAAAGACACCACCGAAGUGAAAUCGAAGAAGCCGAAGUCUGGGGCUGUUGACAAACCCGAACCUGCAACGAAUGACAACGAGCCUGAGACCACGGACAGUGCUGAGGAUGCGACUGAAACUCAAAAGGCAGACGACAAGGAAGAAGAUGACGAGAAGAAAAAGCCCAAAGAAAAGCAGUCAUGGAACUUUGGUUUUGGCUUCUUUGGUACGCUGAUGUUUACCAAAGCUCCUCAUGCCAAUGCUCCUGUCGAGUUAAACUACCGCAUUGGUCGGGACUUUGAGGUCGUCGAAAGUGCAGAUGAUGCGGAUGAAAAGAAUGAUGAUAAGGACGAGAAGGACGAGAACGGUGACAAAGAUGACAAAACAGAUACAGAGAAGAAUGCCAAAGUCGACAAAGACACGACACAGCCUCCCGCCAAAGCCGUCGCCAAGGUUGAUGCCAAAACAACUGUUGGAAAAACCUCGAAAAAGCUUCGCAAGCCCGAAAAGCAAUGGUCGGAUGGCGAGCACAAGAGAAUGUGGAAUGUGGUUAUCUGGUGCGACAAGUGGGACGAUAUCUACGGUAUCGAGAAUGUCUCGUUGAAAAAAGCCGAGUUCAAGUCAUCUUUCGAACAAGGUAAAUUCAAGGAGACCGUGCGUCUGGACCUAUUGGCAGAUUUGGAGCUGGGAGGUGGAACUUUUACGGCUACAGGGGUGAUUUCGAAGAAUGAGAACUCCUUGGAUGCCAAGAUUGGCGACCUCAAGUUGAGUGAGAUCAAGAAGAUUCACGCACAAAUUGCCGGCUAUGAAGUACCAGAAGACAAUAAGGAUACAGACACCAAGGCCAAGGAGGAAGAAGAGGAGACCGAUGCAAAAGAGGAAGCCAAAGGAAACGAACUCAUCUUCAAGAAUCUCCAUCUCAACCUGUCCAGCAAGAAGUGCAAGGAAGAGAAGACGACAGAAAGAUCUUUGCAACUGGACGGUCAUGUUACGUUCAACGAACAUGCCAGUGCCAGUGCCCUGCUUAAGAUUAAUCAGGAUGGUUUGACAAUCAACGGGGAUAUUCAGGAGUUCAAUAUUCCCGAUACAAGCGUCAAGAUCCAAGAGGCAGGUUUGAAUAUUUAUGUCGCCUUUAACCAGAACAAGAAGAAGAAAAUCAAGGGCAAGAAGGGUAAAAAGACAACCAAAUCCGUCAUCGACAAGCCUGGAGCCACUAAGCAAAACAGCAAAGCCGAGCCCGUUAAUGAGGAGAAAGCAGUCACCGAUGGAGAGAAAGAAGUAACAGAUCCAGAUGCAGAAGAAAAGAAAGAGGAUGAUAAACCCACAAAGCCCAAGCGAGAAAGCCAGUUCUCCAUCCUCGGGAUCGUUAAGAUCGAAGAGUUCGUGAUCACGGUUGGUCUUCACGUCGAGCAAAAGAAGGACAAGAAGAAUCGCGAGUGGCUUGCCAUCGGCAGUGUCAAGAGCGUCAAAUUGUCCAAGCUUUGGCCCGAGCUGCAGGGGGGUUUCUUGGACUUGGAGCUGGACAAUCUGGCACUGAUUGGCUCAUCAGAGGAGAGAAAAGUAAAGGAAGAGAGUGAAGAAAAGGACAAGGAAAAGAGUGAGGAAAAGAGUGAGGAAAAGAGUGAGGAAAAGAGUGAGGAAAAGAGUGAGGAAAAGAGUGAGGAAAAGAGUGAGGAAGAAAGUGAGGACGAAAAACCAGCAAGCUGGGAUGUCCUCGCAAAGGUGGAUUCGUUUAACUACCCUAUUGCCAAAGGCGUCCAACUGUGCGCAACCAUUCGGAAAUUCGAUGCACUUGAGAAGCUCAACAACAACCAAAAGCUUGAUGGCCUUGUGUUAAUAGUGGGCUUCUCUUUCGAUGGAAAGCUCGAGGUAAGAAUCAACAUGCCGAAGUCUAUGGAGAUUCCUCUCCGCGACUACGCGAAACUCGGCGAGUUCGGUGCUGCCAUAGCUACAGACAACGGUCUUCCUUACCUGCAGCUCAACGCAACCUUGAAAAUGCUGUUCGACGACCAGCCUCCAAUCAGGGUCAGAGGUAACAUUAAGGGAGCCAUCGACCGUGCCGAGGGACAGCUCUAUAUGGACUCGAAGGAUAGCUGGGUCAACCCAUUCAGUUUGAACAAGAACGUGGUCGUGUCGAAACUGGGCAUUGGUGCCGGAUUCAAGUACGCGACGGUCGUUGUUCACGGACCAGAUCGUUUGGAGGCAGCAGGAAAGAUCCGAGUGGGCAAAGAGUUCGAGGCAGACAUGGCUUUAAGUCUAGGCAUUGGCAAGGACCAAGUCAUUUCUUUUAACAUCAGCGAAAUCAAUAUUAUGGAGCUUGUGAAGCUCGCUGGGGAAAUGGCUGAUAUUAAGGCCCUAAAAAACAUCGAAGGUGCUGAUGAUAUUCUCAUCUUCCGUGACUUGGAACUAUAUCUCUCAACGGGUGCAAAUGUCUUUGAUGUCUACUAUGAACGCGGUAUCCAUAUCAAAGGAAGUGUGGAGUUUCUCAAAAAGAAAGGCGACUUUGAAGGACGUCUCAACGACGACGGUUUCAUGAUCAAAGCAGGCGUCGAUAACUUCAACAUCGGUGGCCUUGAACUCCGAUCUGCCAGAGACGAUGGGAAACGGGCGUCUGUAGACAUCUCAAUGACGAAGGAGACGCAGAAGAUCCUAAUUGAUGGGAUGAUCCGUUUUCAUUCUUUGCACCUGAAGAUGUACAUUGACGCCGAUGUGCAGGAAAGACGUCUGGAUGCCGAUGUUUCUAUCCAAUUCUUGGAGCAACUUUCCUUCAAGAUGAAGGCAAAGGCCAGGAUCCCCGAGACCAAGACACUGGACGGGCUGCUGGUCAGAUUUGAAGCAGAGCUCAGGCCUGACCUCUUCGGUGCAAUUUUCGAUGGCAUUAACAACGGAAUUGAUGCGAUCGGAAAACUUGCAACGCAAACCAUCGACGACGCCAUCAAUGACCUUCAGGGACAAAUUAAUACGCACGAAGGCGAACUGGCCAUUAUGAAAAAGGAUUUAGACGAGUUGAAGCUGAAGUCGGAUGGAGAGGUCCUAAAGCGACAAACGGAGGUCAAUAAAAAGAACGACGAACUGACCAAGUUGAGAAACGAACUCGACCAAUAUACCGAAGCUGUCAAAGAUGCCCGGGCUGAAAAGAACCAGAUCAAUGAUGAAAUUAAAAAGAAGGAAAUAAAAAGAGAUAGUGUGAAGCGUCAACUCGAUAACAAAGUGCGAGAAAUGACAACUGAAUAUGAGAACAAGGUGGCCGAGCAACGGCAAAAGCAGGCGGACUGGGAGAAAAAGAAGAAGAGUCUUGAAGACCAAAAGGAAGCCUCAUGGGGAGAUGCUCUGAGAAACAGCGAAAAUGCAGAAAGGAGCUGGCGUUGGUGGGAAGACCAAGUGCAUCAGGCAUGGGUCUGGAAGGAACAGGCCUGGACAAUUCAUGUGAAUGCUGGAUUUUUUGAUAAGCUUCCGACUUGGCUUAAAUUCCAAGAAGCUAAUGUCGGCCUGGAGCAAAUCAAAGCCCGCCGGGAUAUUAACAACGAGAUUCUCAAACUUGGAAAGGAAAUCGCGAGCACUCCUCUCUUUAGGCAAAUUGAAAGCGGCAUCAAUGAUGCCGUCAGAGAAAUCGACAAGUUCGGUAGAGCACUGGACUCGCUGACAAGGAAAGGUGUUUAUGGCUAUAUUGAAGAAAUGUCGAGGGACGAACGAACUGAGCUAGAUCGCCAAAUCAAACAACUGAAUGAGCUCUGGAAGAAGAGCAAGGAGUUAGAAGCUAACCUCCAAGAGGCAAUUAAUGCACUUAACAGGAACGAGGGUAGAAUAACAAGCCACGAGAGGACAGUGCAGUCGCGCAUUUUGGAGCUUGAGCAAGAGAUCGAGCUCAAGCCUUUCGAAGAUGCGUAUCGGAACAAGAAGAAUGACCAUGACAGAGUCGUUGCGCAAGUUCAAGUUAUCCAGCAAGCCCUCAAAGAUAUCAAAAGCGGUAUCGAUGCACAAACCAAGGCAGCGAAGGAAGUUGUCGAAGCGCUCAAAAAGGCAACGCCCCGGAUCACGCUCAUUGUCGUCAAGGCCAGCACCGAGGUAUUCGCUAAGAAUGAGCCGCUUGUUUUCUCGGUUGAUGUAGCGUGGAUAGGAGAGACAAAGAGGUAUGAGGUGACAUGGUCGCCGGGUUCAAAACCAGCAGAUUUGUACAAGGACAUUGCAGACAAGGUGGUCGGCUUCCGUUGA